CACGAGCUGAUGACUCAUGCUUACUAGGGAUUCCUCGUUUAAGAGCAAUAAUUGCAAUGCUCUAUCCCCAUCACGAUGAAGUUUCAAAAGAUUACCCAUACCUUCCGGUAAAGGAAAUGUACUCGAUGACUUCAUCAGUGUAG